ACAGCAAUUUUUAAUUUCAAAACAAAGUGCACAAUCUAUUUUAUGUACAGACUUUAAUUUAUUGUUUGAAGAAAUAAAGAGAAAAAAUAAUAAUAACAAUACAAUAGAGUGUAGCACAUGUCGUUCGAUAUUUUAGCCGAAAAAUGACAAAAUCCAACAUUGUGUACAACUUUCACUUAUAAAAUUUCGCGAAUGACAAAGUGUGCUAAAUGGUAACAAAGCAAAAGUAAACAACAACAGAUAAAAAUGUGAAAAAUCUCGUCGGCAUUCAAGUUAAUACGAGAUAUUCUGAUGUCUAAAUAUUCAUAUCGAAUGGACAAUGUUAAAAAAAGACCCGAAUUUUGAUCGUUUGAAAUACGUGCGAGUAGUUUAUCAUUCAGACCCAAGUGUGUGGAAUGGUCAUAGUUUAAUAUCUCACAAUUUCUCUCUGCGGCUUCACUUUCGAUUAGAUUCAGAGGACAGGCCAAAUCAAAGCUGCAAUUAAUUUGUUUUCAAUUAUUUUUUUUUUAAACAAAACUCAAUCCGCGCGAAAGUUGUUUACCGUCACACCAAUGUGAUCGAAAUAGUGAAAAAAAAAAAUCAUUUUUUUUGUUGUUUAAAGAGUUUCAUGCCAAACAUAUUCAUCAAAGUCGGUCCAUGAAUUGAGGUUCAUCGAAAGCCAACAAAAAUUAGAAAUAAAUAGCAACAAAAAAUACAGGCGACGAACUCAAUUUAAAAGUGGGUGUGAAAGUGAGGUUUCCUAAAGAGAUUGAUAAAAAAUAGAUAUAAAUAAAAGAGUUGACACUGAACCUCAUUCAAAAAAAGAAGAAGAAAAAAACCAAGUUACAAUAACAGAGAAACAGUCGCAUUGGACGGAGUGCGGUCAAUACACAAAACAGAAGAAAAAGAAAGUUUAUCGAAAAUAUGUCGUUUUAUCGUUUAAAAUAUUUGUGGCCAAAAAAUUCGUCAAAGGCAACAUCAAUCGUAAACGGAUUGCGUUGUAUGCAAACGUCGACGACAACGUCAAAUCAAUUACCAGCCCGCAAUGUAGUGUCUGUACAUAAUCGUCAUCAUCAUACAUUGUUGCAAAGGAAUUUGGCAUCAAAUGCACAACAAAUCCAUAAUGAUCAGCAAUGCUGUUCGUAUGCAUCGACCAGUGGAUCAAAUUUGGAGAAGGUAGCCACAAAAGCACUACCAAAACAUGAUUGGGAUCGUGCUGUAAGCGAAGCUGAAAAAAUUGUCGGUUAUCCAACAUCGUUUCUAAGCUUACGUUGGCUACUCAGCGAUGAAGUGGCCAAUGUUGCGCUACAUUUAAGGAAAUUGGUUGGAAAUAAUCAUCCGUUACUCAAAACGGCCAAAAAUGCGGCAUCGCAAAUUGUUAGCAUUACCGAGAGAGACAGAAAUCUAUUGUAUCAUGGACGAAAUAAUAUGCAAGCAUGGGGUCUGAUCGUGCUAUUGAUAUCGAAGGCAGCCGGCCAAGCACCUGGAAUUCCGGAGACGGAACAUGACAAAAGUGCUGGCGUCUUACAUUCCCAACGUGCGCUUGCCGAAGUUUGUGAGAUGAUCCGUAUAUCACAUUUGGUGCAUCAAGGUUUGGUAAAUUUGCAGCCACUUACGCAAGCCGGACAAGAUUUAUCGUUGCACAGUGAUAUGACAUUUGGAAAUAAAAUCGCCUUAUUGAGUGGUGACUACCUAUUGGGAAAUUCUUGUGCUGAACUGGCUGGUUUAAGAAAUCAAGAUUUGGUUGAGUUGAUUUCAUCAGCGGUACGUGACUUAACUGAAGCUGAAUUCAUUGGCGAUCGAGACGAACAGAAUAAUCCGUUACCAUCGGCACCACCAAAAACACCGCGACGCAUCACAACCGAUGUUCAUGAUGAUUAUGACCUUCAUUUGGCCGACGAUGUACUGAAGCCAAUGGAAAAAGAACGUUUCAUGGGUGCUCCGGACACAGAAUGGGCACUACGAAAUAUUCUUAGUGCAGGCAGUUUAUUGGGUAAAAGUUGUCAAGGUGCAUUAAAAUUGGCCGGCCUAUCCGAAUCGACACAGAAACUUGGUUUUCAUUUUGGUAAACAUUUGGUAUUGUCAUGGCAAGCAUGUUUGGAUUUGGAACCAUUUUUGCAACCAACAUUACCUGAUGGCACAACAUUUAGUUUGGUAUCGGCGCCGGUUUUGUAUCAUCUUGAAUACAAUCCAAAUGCAUAUGAAUUGAUCAAGAAGGGCUAUGUGUCGGUGGAAAAUGUCGAUUUUAAAACGUUGCACAGCGAAAUUGUAAAGGGACCAGGCGUUGAUAAAACUCAAAAUCUACAACGUCAACAUAGUCAAGCGGCCAUGAAUGUGCUGAAGAAAUUUCCACCAUCAGACGCUCGAACAGCUCUCGAAAAUAUUUUGCAUGCCAUGCAAGAUCUGCAAAGAUGAGAGAUAAUCAAAAAUAUGGGUACAGCACAUAAUGCAGAUAGAAAAAUGUAUUGAAAAAAAAAACCAAAAAAUU